UCUGUAUAAUCAUUUGUUCAUGCCGGAACUUCCUAAUCGACGGAACUGAGUCGAUGGCAUGGGAGUCGGAUACGGUUUAAUUAGUUAAGUAAUGUUUUCCCUUCUCAUUGUUAAUCUCAGGAUUCCGCUAUUUACCGUAUAUGCAACGAACGACGUUGUUUGUCAUUGCUGGUUGUUUGUAUAAAUAUAAAAUUUACGUAUUACAUUUCAAAGAACCGACAGUUUUCUAUCACGGUUCGAUGCCUGCUGGUAAUAUUUUGACCGGUUAGUAACGUUUUUGUGAAGAUAUGGGUUGUACUUUGUUACGCAAAUUUUAAACGCGAUUUUAAAUUUUGUAUUUUCCUCAAUUUCUUUUUGAAACAUUGGAAAAGUCUUGCACAUCGGAGUUUUAUUAUUAUAAUUUUAAUUUGACCUACUGGAAUGGAACCACACUGCAAACGUAGAAAGGCAACGCAGAAUGAACCCGUGUCUUGGGAAGUUUUGCCAGUCCUUUCAGACGAGCAGUCCCAGGAAACGCAAUUGUUGGGCGCUUACGCUGCGCCCAUCAUUAACAAGAGAGAAACAUCUCGCCUCGUCAAAGAGCUGGCCACGAUUUAUCCCUUGACUGGUCUUCAGCACAUCAAACGAGUGAGAGCAUGUAAAGACAGUAGCAGCCCACACCCUUUGGAGAUUAUUGUCUGUUUGGUAAGUGACUUACAAGAAAGCCACGGAGGGGUAUCCAUUUCAGAUUUAUCUUCUGGUAAAUUUGAUAGAAAUGGUUUGGGGGAGCUGUUCUUGGUGAAAAUACCAGCAUGCCCUCCACUUACACGGCCUCAGUUUGAACUGGCCAGCAAACACUGGCCAACUUCCUUCCAUGAAGAUAAGCAAGUCACUGUGGCUCUUAAGGGACAGUUGUUUACUGCUGACCAAAAAACAAAAAUGCAGGAGUACAUGCUAACUGCUAUCACGGCAGCGAAAGCAGGACGGGCAGCAGGGAUGAAUUCUGUCGGCGCCGUCAUUGUUGAUCCAGAAAUGGACAGAGUUCUAGCUGUGGGCCAUGACUGCAGACGAGGAUCACACCCCUUGCAUCACGCUGUGAUGGUCUGCAUUGAUCUUGUGGCUCGUGGCCAGGGAGGUGGAGCCUAUGAGUACAAGUACCCCACCUGUCAGUUUUCCACACCCGGUUCUUCACCUGGCCUGAGCAUCAGGUGCCCUGUUGGCCUGGAGGCUAAAGAUGAGGUGGAUGAAGCAAUACAAAGUGGACUUCCUUAUAUCUGCACAGGGUAUGAAGUGUAUGUCACCCGAGAGCCCUGUGUGAUGUGUGCCAUGGCGCUGGUGCACUCCAGGAUAAGCAGGGUGUUUUAUGGAAGUGCUUCUGCCGACGGGGCCUUAGGAACGAGAUACAAGAUCCACACGCAGAAGGAUCUGAACCACCAUUUUGAAGUUUUUAAAGGAGUUCUGCAACAGGAGUGUGAGGAUCUCAACGGUAUAGCAUUUUAAAUGGACUACUUUUUUUUAUAUUCAGAUUUAAAAAAAAAAAAAACUUUUUAUAUGUUUUGAUGGUUCUCCUCAUCUAUGUUAUUUUUAAAAUGCUUUGCAGUCAUAUCUGUGCAGGUAUUUUGAAUUUCAGGGUUAAGUAUGAACAUGGAAAAAUACCUUAACAGUGAUUAAUGAAAUUGGGUGCAACUAUGGAAAUGAGCAUAAAAACAUGACCAGAUUUCAACAAUAAAGUGUAACCAUUGCUAAAAGAAUAAUUUGUUUUCAUGAAACACCAAAUGAGAUCUGGAUAUUUGCUUCUCAUUAUCCAUAAUUUCAAUUGGUCUAGAAACAAAGUAUGACAAAAGUGCUACUAAAAAUGGUGUCCAAGAAGCAGGCUGGUAUUUACCCUCCAACCACAGCCUGAUCAGACUGACCUGACUGUUGUUACAUAAUGCUUACUUUGUCAGAUUUGAUAAAUACAUUGCCAAAGAGGAAAAACAUCUUUGCCUAUGCUCUUAGUGAAUACAGUUACAUUAAACCAGUUUUUCUCAACACAGUUCUUGCAGACCCCCAGACGGUCCACAUUUUUGCUCCUUCCAAGCUCCCAGUAGGAGAAAUAACUUAGACUGUCUGUGGGUCCUGGAGAGCUUAUGUCAGAAACACCAUGUUAAACCACAAAUUCAUAGGCAGAGUGAAAUCAAGAGUUCAGAUUAACUGGUACAAAAUUAGAUCAGAGAACCUGAAUUUGCUGUGCAUUUUAAUUGGUUAAGCCAAAUAAUAUUGGUUUUAAUUCAGUUAAUGACUGGUAAAUUAAAAACCUGCCAGCAAGCAAAGCAAGACAGCUGUAAGUGGUCGUCAGCUUCAAUGAAUAGAGAGAAUAUAAAUAAUGAAUAAACAUGGAAGUAGGUCUUAGGGACACAGCAUGUUUUAUUAUGUCAGGCACAUUAGGGGCUAUUGGGGGGGGGGAAUUCCAAUAACUAAUCAAGGGGCAGAGGCUGUUACAGGGAGCUUUGGUUAAAGGAAGAACUAUCGGAAAACCAGGAACGUCAACUGCUAUGUUAAUAAGCAUCUAUAAUCAGUCACUGUGCUUCUUUCACCGAGUGCUCUUUUAACAUGAAUAGUGCACAUCUACAUACACAAAAUGAAGUGGACUCUCAGAAAUAAGUCCUUCACUGAAAAACAAAUAACUCUUAUCCCAAGGGCAUGAUGUGAAGUAGUACUUUACCCACAGGACUUUUUCAGAAACCAGUAAAUUAACAUCCAUCAAUCAAUGUGAAUAUAAUACAUGCAUGAGCUUGAGGGACAGGCCCUUGUUCUUAAUAAUCAUACAUUUGAUAGCUUUUCUGACAUUAUAAGGGGAAUGGAGUACAAAGGAUGAUUCACUACAAUAGAGAAACCUCAACUGAAAAUAUUCCAAAAAGUUAUUUUAAAAGUAGCUUUAAGUUAAAGACCCGGGCCUGCCCAGUCCAAUGAAAUGAAAAAAAAAACAAAAUUAAAUAGUUAUAUAAGUUAGCACUACACAGUUUCUUACAAAAACUCUCUGUGUCUCACAAUGAAAGUGACAAUUACCUAUUGUUUACAAAAACUGCUUAGCAAACAUUACUGCCGUACAAAGUUCAGCUAUUUAUCAGUUCAUCUCGUCGUGCACAACGUGACCAGUGAUCUGGAAUGCUGACUUCCAGAGGCCCCUGUCUCCAGGUUCAAUACUUAUUAAUCCCAAAGAGGCGGACUCCGUGUAGCUGUGGUAACUUGGGGAUGAGCACACUCAGCAGAGAAGAAGUGUUGAUCACGAAGUGCACUGUGUCAUACUUUGUGUAGAAACUGGCAAGGAAAUAUCUGGAGGGAAUUUGAAAAAAAGUUUCAAUUAAAAACUGAAAUGUUA